AGGAAGUUGUAACGGUUUUUCAACAUGGAAGCGUCCGUAGAGAGGGGUCUGUGAAGGAGACUAUUUAACUCAUACAUCAGCUGUCGUAAAUGGUCAGUGUGAUGGUUUGACCAUGAAGUGUGCCCGCUGCCUGCUCCAGCUUCAGUGUCUCAGACUGGUGAACCAGUCAGCCAGGUCUGCAGCCCAGCAUGGCAUUGUGCUCCAGUCAGUGUCCUCCAGUCAACCCAGUGUGCUAAAUAACAUCCAGCACCAGGUACUGAGGCAUUUCCACACCAGCCCAGCACUCGCCAAGAGUCAGCGUGUACCGACAGAGUUUGUCAACAAGGACAACAACAAGAAGGACAAGUCUCUGAUCACCCACGAUGAUUUGUUCGAGAAGGUGGCCAAAGGGGCCAAAACCAAAGCCACGUUCAACAAGGUGGUGGAUGUCUUCAUCAAGGCAGACAUAAGACGUCGGGGUCACGUAGAGUUUAUCUACGCUGCUUUGAAGAAGAUGCAGGAGUUCGGCGUGGAGAGAGACCUUGCUGUCUACAACAAGCUGUUGGAUGUUUUUCCUAAAGAAGUGUUUGUGCCCAGAAACUUUAUCCAGAGAAUGUUCAACCACUAUCCCCGACAGCAGGAGUGUGGAGUCCAGGUGCUGGAGCAGAUGGAGAACUAUGGUAUCAUGCCCAAUAUAGAGACCAAAGUCCUGCUGGUUCAGAUUUUUGGAGAGAAGAGCCACCCCAUGAGGAAGUACCAGCGCAUCAUGUACUGGUUCCCCAAGUUCAAGCACAUAAACCCCUUCCCCGUCCCCCAGCUGCUCCCCGAAGACCCAGUGGACCUGGCUCACUUUAGCCUGACUCGCAUUGCUAACAACCUGGACGCCAAAGUUACCGUCCACCAGCUGCCCUGUACAGAUGUUACAGAGAGCGGAGAAGAGGUAACACUUCCAUAUAUAGUAGGUAUCCAGAGCCCCAGCCAGAUGGAGCUUCUGGCCCAGCAUAACCCGAGCAGGCCGGUGUUUGUGGAGGGCCCCUUCCCUCUGUGGCUGAGAAGUACAUGCGUGCACUACUACAUCCUCAGAGCUGACCCCACACCGCUUGAUGAGAAGGUAGAGGAGCCCUACGAUCCAGAGAGAAGUCUGUGCUAUCCUCUGCAGCUAGACCUGGAUUUUGGCCGUGACUUCGGAGACGACGAGAGCUUCGAUGUAGAAGACCUGGACGAGGGCCCAGUCUUUGCCAUGUGCAUGACCAAUCAGGGAGACCAGGCCACCCUUAACCAGUGGAUCUCCAGCCUCCAGCAGAGCAACCCCAUCCUGGGUCAGGUCCCCACUUUGUUUCGUCUGGAUGUUGGACCCCGGGAGCUUCAGGGGCCAGAUAGCACAGAUUCAGGCCAUCCCCACAGGCCUGAAGCAGAGACCCAGAAAGAGGACUCGCACCCUGAAGAAGAAUCCAAGGUUAUAGAGGAAGAGGAACAAAAGAGGAGGCAGGGGAUGAAACAGUUUACAACAGUCAGACAGUGUGGUUAAGACUGACAAAAAAAUCAUGACAUAGUGUCCAUAACUUAUUUAGAGGUAUUGGUCCUGGUUAGGGGUCCCAACUAGUGUGAGGUACUGGUUUGUUUAACUAGGCAUCACACACGUCACUCAGCAGAAUCUGAAGAUGACUCUUAAUAAUGUUGACGGUAACAUUAAGGAGUUAAAUAAAUGAAAUUAAAAUGAAGCCGUGCUUCCCUGUUUUUCUGUCUCUCAACAUGGGUCCACAUUUUAAAAAAAGAUAUCAAAUAACAAGCCCAAAGGUAGAAAAGGUUUAUUACUUAAAAGGCUUUAAACAUUCCCUUUCAACUGGUAAACAAGUCAGAA